AGUAACGAACCAGAGAGACUUAAUCUGUUCAUUUCCAUAUCGCCGGCGGGUUUCGAUCAACACAUCUCCGACAUCAAUCCAUCAUGGACAUGAAGAAGAUGACCUGUGCCGUCCUCGUCGCCGCGGCGUCGAUGAGCGCUGUGUUGGCCACUGAGGCUCCCGCCCCCGGCCCCUCCAGCGGCUCCUCUGCCACCUUGCCCGUCGUCGGGUCCUUGGUCGGAGCCUCUGUCUUGUCUUUCUUUGCUUUCUACUUGUAAAUUCAUAUUUGGGUAAUUAAUAAUGAGCUCGGAAAAUCAAUAAGAUGCAAUAAUAAUUGAUGUGAAGAGUUGAGAUUGAGGAAUAAAACGAGAAAGAAUUGACAGCA